AUGGCGGACAUCGCACGAUCGAUCAUCCAGGGCAUGCAGAACCGACGAUCGAUCUACAGCUUCACGAACGAGUCCACCAUAUCAGAUGACCGCAUCGAAGAGCUUGUCUCCCAAACCAUUUUGCACACCCCCAGCCCUUUCAACAGUCAAAGUGCCCGUUUGGUGGUACUUCUCAAGGAACAGCACGAACGGCUGUGGGAUCUUGCUUUAGAGGUAGCAACAGCUUCAGUCCCGCCUGAGCAAUUGGAAAAUUUGUACAAGCCGCGAACCGCAAUGUUUAGAGCAGGAUAUGGAACGAUCUUAUUCUACGAGGAUCCCGCCCCGCUGAAACCACUGGAAGUAAAGUGGCCUAUGCUGAUUGACAAAUUCCCCGAGUGGUCCGAUCAUUCGAGUGGAAUGCAUCAAUUUGCCUUAUGGACUCUCUUGGAAGCCGAGGGACUGGGUUGCAAUCUCCAACAUUACAAUCCGAUGAUUGAUGCACGAGUGUCGCAAGAAUGGAAGAUCCCUCUCGAAUGGCGUCUCAAGGCGCAGUUGGUGUUCGGCAAGCCAACUGGACCGCCCCGGGAGAAGAAGUUCGAGCCUCUCGAAAAGCGAAUGUUUGUGCACGGAAGAUAA